UAUGAUGCCUGAAUACAAGUCUCCAAGUGGUUCGAAAAAACCCAUAUGGUACAGCGUGGUGCUGCUGCUUUCCCUGCUCCUUAAUGGAUACUUGCUUCUUCGUCCCUCAGAUCAUAGGCAGUUGUUGGACGGUGAUAAUAGGAAGGGCAGAAUGUUAAUAAGUGAAAAUAGGGGGUGGAGCAGAAGAGCUGCAGAUGAAGCAGAAGCAGUAGCAGCACAGUACCAGUGCUCUGGCCAUGGUUAUGUGUUUGUGGAUACCUUUCUAACAGAUCAUAAUGGAUCCUUCGUUUGUGAAUGUAAUCCCUGCUACACUGGACCUGACUGUUCACACCUCAUUUCAGAUUGUGUGGUGGACGCCAACCAAGGAGAUCCUACUUUCUUAGAGCCAUUCUGGAUUGCAAAUGCAGAAGCAGGAGCAACUGUAGUACCAGCAUGGUACCGAAUGAGCUACGACGUAAACAACGCUUUAGAAUAUUCUGCCACAUCUCCAGAGUUAGAGAAACAGAUUCGUGCCCUUCAUGAGAUGGUGGGAAACGCAGUGACAAAAGGCAGAUAUAUUGUUCUGGGAACAGGUUCUACCCAGCUUAUCAAUGCCGCAGUUUACAGCCUUUCCCAGGCUCAUGCUCGAAACCCCUCAAAAGUGGUCGCAGCCAUUCCAUAUUACGGGUCAUAUCGAGAUCAAACAGAAAUGUUCGACUCAAACGACUAUGUGUGGAAGGGCGAUGCGAGAGCUUGGGUUAAAAAAUCAGAGUUUCUAAAUUCGUCUACAUUCAUUGAAUUUGUUACAUCUCCAAACAACCCAGAUGGCCUGUUGAAGAAAGGCGUUCUGACAAGUAAGAACGUAAAAGAUAUAUAUGAUCAUGCCUAUUACUGGCCUCACUACACAGGAAUCCCACGCCCAGCCAAUGAAGAUAUUAUGCUUUUCACCCUCUCCAAGGUCACGGGCCACGCAGGAUCCAGGCUCGGGUGGGCCAUUGUAAAAGACUACGAUGUGUACGAGAAGAUGUACGAUUAUGUUGAAGAAAAUACAUUGGGUGUAUCGCACGAUACGCAGCUUCGAACGACCAUACUAUUAAAAGCAAUUGUAAAUGGUUACAAACAGAAAAAGCAAAUGGAAAAGAGGCACACAGAUGAAAAGCAAUUGCUUUUCCACUACGCAUACAGUGUAAUGAGAAACCGCUGGCAAAGACUGGAGAAAAUUUUCAGUGGCUCUCAUCGUUUCUCUCUUCAGAGUUUGGAGCCUCGUUACUGCACCUUUUUCAAGAAGGUCACCGGCCCCUCACCAGCAUAUGCAUGGGUGAAAUGUGAGAAGGAGGAGGAGACUGAUUGCACAGGGGUGCUUAGGAAAGCAGGCAUCAUUGGACGGAAUGCUAGUGUGUUUGAAGCAGAUAAACGUUAUGUUCGACUCAGUUUGCUCAAGAGAGAUGACAAUUUUGCAUUGUUGGAGCGUCGCCUUCAGGCUCUAGUUUCUUAAUAUGGGGCAUCAAACUUUGCAUUCAAUAGAACUUGAUAAAUACCUCAUUCAACAUCAUUAUUACUAACAAUUAUCAUUGUCAAUAGAUAUACAAUUAUGUAUACCACAAAUAAAAUAGAUGUAAGAGUUAUUGAUGUUGAUAUAUAAGAGUUAUUAAUGUUCCUAUUAAGAGGAAUAUUGAAGGAUAAAUGUAUGGAAUAAGAUAUAUGUGAAGGGAAAAACCAAAAAUUUGAGUGAAUAUUUAUUCUAUGAAUAAUAAAAAGUGUGUUUGUGAUUUCUUCGA